UCACUCUAGGUCCUUCCGUCUGAGAUGAACCUUGGUCACUCUUGACCCCGGAGUAAGAGCGGCAGAAACUUGAACUCUUUCCCUGGGAGGAAUCCCUGGGAAAAGCUCUCCAAGGCUGACGUUCAAGAAAAAGAGUCCACACGGCCCGUGGGGAGCGAUGGCCCUGGAAACUGUGAAGGAGCUCUUGAGCUUUGACUGUGGCUUGCUGGUGGCUUACCAGGUGUACAAAAGCUCCCAGCUGGACUCCAUCAGCUUUCAGACCAGCCAAAUGAGGGACGUCUUCUUACACCACCCUGAGGUUGUGCUCAUUCAUCGAACCCACAACCCGUGGGGCAAGGCCCUCUACAUGUUCAUGGUGGACCAGCCUUUCAUGCAGCUGGAAGGGGAGAUGACCAAAGUGAUCCACUUCGCAGUCCCCACCAGGGAGUCGGCGGAAGGCCUGGCUCAAAUGUACCGCACCUUCAAGGCCUUCAACCCUGAAUGGAAGCAGAUCAAGACCUUCCUCGUCGACCCGCACUUCCGGUGGCUGCCGGCGCUGUCGGAAGCGUUUCCCUCUGUGGACGUCCAGCUGUCUGUCUUCCACAUAUGCAAACACUUGCAGCACAAGAUCCAGCAGGUCUCCCUGGAAGCCCACACGGAAAAGCUGGUCCUGAGCGCCUUGAGGAACGCCAUGUGUGCUCCCAGCGAGAGCAACUUGAGGAAGCUGUACACCAUCCUGUGUGGCUUUGUGAAGCCAAACCGCUUGCCCCAGCUCCACAAAGAAUGGCUGCUCAACGAGAAGAUCUGGGCCUUUCACCGCUGGCGGACCUGGGGCCAGUGCAGCCAGUAUUUCAAAGAUUUGGAGAUGGUCACGCACAGCCUAAGCCAGAUCUUCUGCGAAGGACCAUCCCUGGAUACCUCCAUCACCAAAAUAGCAAGGAGUUACCAGAAGGUUGUCCAGAAGAGCUCCGCGGAGUCUGUGCCAGGCCCAGGCCUUUUGCUCGGUGAGAAUGGCUCCUCCAUCCAGAACCUGCUGGUUCUUCGCUGCUCAGCUGCAAACUCUCAGAGGCUUCUGCUUCCAAAGGAUUCUGCUCCAACCGCCGCGCCGACUCCCCUGAAGCUGGCGGCAGGGGUUGCUGCUGAAGAGUCGGCUCGCGAGGAGAAGGCAGAGGUGACUUCCAGAGAAGCUGAGGAGUGGAUCAAGCAGUCCUUGAGCAACAUCUGCACAGAGCCAGCGGCCAGGCUGUGCUUGAACGAGUUUGCGGUUGUCCAGAGCUCUCUGCAGUUGAUGGGAAACAAUGGAGAGACUGCUAGCAUACAGAUCCUGGAAGACGCCCAGGUCGUGCGCCAAAGGGGCCUCAACAGCUGCACUUGCCACUUCAGCCAGACCUUCCAGCUGCCCUGCCGGCACGUCCUGGCUGUGCUGAACUCUGAAGGGAAGGAUUUUGAGCCCGGCAGGAUCCCGGCGCGGUGGCGCAAGGGAAACAGCAUCUCCCAAGAGGGACAGAGCAGCACCGAUGGGCUGCUGGAGGUCCCAAGUUGCCCAUGGAAUGAGUUGCUGGACAAGUACCUGGCUGUGUCGUUUCUCACUGCGGAGAUCAGCCGGCUUCUGAGCCAGUGCAGUCACGAGGAGUUUGAUCGCAGGUACAGCACCCUCCGCGAGCUGGCCGACAGCUGGAUUGGGCCUUACGUGCAGGUGAAGUUGUAACUGAGCUCAGGGGUGCUACUGGGAGCAGGUCCUUGGGCUCAGCUGGUCUGCAGGAGCUGCCUCCUAGCAGGGCUCUCCUCAGAAGUGCCAGAGACCUGAGAUUAACAUUUCAUUCAGCUCCGAGUGUCUGUGGGGCUCCUUCUUUGUGGGGGGAGCUUUGAUGAGCAGCCCAAGACUGUGCCCACAACUGCAAACCUGUGCUCUUGUUUGAGACUUGGCCGGCAACUCAGGGGUGCCUGACAUGACCUACAGUCCCAUAACGUCCACCCCCUCGUCUCUCUGCAUUGCUAUUCCUCUAAGUCAGUUGGUGCGAUUUAACCCCACCAGCAUGUCACUGGUUCUCCAUGUCAAAGGGAACCAGAUGUGUCCCCUGGGUCCUUUUUUCCUUCCCCCCCCCCCCGAUUAUUGAAACAGGGGGGCCCUGCCCCCAGCGAGAGCAGGACUUCUCUUUCAUAAAGGCAAGGUCAUCAAUAAACAAGUCUUUCCUGUU